GCCCGUGCCGGGGCGAUGGCAGCGGCGGGGGGCGCGGGGCCGCUGUCGGGGGGUGCGGCGGGGCGCUCCAAGGUGGCGCCGAGCGUGGACUUCGACCACAGCUGCUCGGACAGCGUCGAGUACCUGACCCUCAACUUCGGGCCCUUCGAGACGGUGCAUCGCUGGCGCCGCCUGCCGCCCUGCGACGAAUUCGUGGGAGCCCGGCGCAGCAAGCACACGGUGGUGGCCUACCGCGAUGCCAUCUACGUCUUCGGCGGUGACAACGGAAAAACAAUGUUGAAUGACCUGUUAAGAUUUGAUGUGAAAGAUUGCUCUUGGUGCAGGGCUUUUACUACUGGGAGUCCUCCAGCACCUCGGUAUCACCAUUCAGCAGUAGUUUAUGGGAGCAGCAUGUUUGUGUUUGGUGGCUACACUGGAGACAUUUACUCCAACUCCAAUUUGAAGAAUAAAAAUGAUCUCUUUGAGUAUAAGUUUGCAACUGGCCAAUGGACAGAGUGGAAGACAGAAGGAAGAUUGCCAGUUGCAAGGUCAGCUCAUGGUGCAACAGUGUAUAGUGACAAACUGUGGAUCUUUGCAGGGUAUGAUGGAAAUGCUCGGUUAAAUGAUAUGUGGACGAUUGGCCUACAGGACAAAGAGCUGACAUGCUGGGAAGAGAUUGAACAGAGCGGUGAGAUCCCUCCUUCAUGCUGUAAUUUUCCUGUGGCUGUUUGCAAAGACAAGAUGUUUGUGUUUUCAGGCCAGAGUGGAGCAAAGAUCACCAACAAUCUCUUUCAAUUUGAAUUCAAGGAAAAAAUUUGGACGCGAAUUCCUACCGAGCACUUACUUCGGGGUUCUCCUCCUCCUCCACAGCGAAGAUAUGGCCAUACCAUGGUUGCCUUUGAUCGCCAUCUCUACGUGUUUGGUGGUGCGGCAGAUAAUACAUUACCUAAUGAACUUCACUGCUAUGAUGUAGACUCUCAGACAUGGGAAGUUAUCCAGCCCAGUCCUGAUAGUGAGCUGCCUAGCGGGAGACUUUUCCAUGCUGCAGCUGUCAUCUCAGAUGCCAUGUAUAUCUUUGGAGGGACAGUGGACAAUAAUAUUAGAAGUGGAGAAAUGUACAGAUUCCAGUUUUCUUGUUACCCAAAAUGUACUUUACAUGAAGAUUAUGGAAGACUGUGGGAAAACAGACAGUUCAGUGACUUGGAGUUCGUUUUGGGAGAGAAAGAAGAACGAGUCCGUGGUCAUACAGCAAUUGUCACAGCUCGCUGCAAAUGGCUAAGGAAGAAAAUUAUACAGGCAAAGGAAAGAUUGAAACAGAAAUCUAAGCAAGAGAUUGAAGAAGAGGGACGAGAGAUGUCCCAGAAGGAAGGCGUAGGUGGUAAUGUUAAGCCAUGCCGCCAGCAGCCGCAGCUGGAGGUGACUAUCCGGGAAGCUGAAGCACAGCCCUUUGAGGUGCUCAUGCAGUUCUUGUACACAGAUAAAAUAAAAUAUCCACGCAAAGGUCAUGUGCAGGAUGUUCUUCUUAUCAUGGAUGUGUACAAACUAGCCCUGAACUUCAAGCUCUCUCGACUAGAACAGCUCUGCGUCCAGUAUAUUGAAGCAUCUGUAGAUCUCCAGAAUGUGCUCACUGUGUGUGAAAAUGCUAACAAGCUUCAGCUAGAUCAGUUAAAGGAACAUUGCCUAAACUUUGUGGUGAAAGAAUCGCAUUUUAAUCAAGUAAUAAUGAUGAAGGAAUUUGAACAUCUUUCCUCAUCCCUGAUAGUGGAGAUAGUACGAAGAAAACAACAGCCUCCUAUUCGAAUGCAUUCUGAUCAACCUAUUGAUAUAGGCACAUCUUUGAUUCAGGACAUGAAGGCUUAUCUAGAAGGAGCUGGGAUGGAGUUCUGUGAUAUCAUUCUACUGUUAGAUGGCCAUCCAAGACCAGCCCAUAAGGCUAUUCUUGCAGCCCGCUCCAGUUACUUUGAAGCUAUGUUCCGUUCUUUCAUGCCAGAAGAUGGACAAGUAAAUAUUUCUAUAGGUGAAAUGGUUCCCAGUAAACAAGCAUUUGAGUCAAUGCUGAGAUACAUUUAUUAUGGUGAAGUGAACAUGCCUCCUGAAGACUCCCUCUACCUCUUUGCGGCCCCUUAUUAUUAUGGCUUCUUCAACAACAGACUUCAAGCAUACUGUAAGCAGAAUUUGGAAAUGAAUGUUACAGCAGAAAAUGUGCUCCAGAUUUUAGAGGCAGCUGACAAGACCCAAGCUCUGGACAUGAAGAGACACUGCUUGCACAUCAUUGUUCAUCAGUUCACCAAGGUCUCCAAGUUGCCAAACCUCCGGUUCCUCAGUCAGCCGCUCCUUCUUGACAUCAUAGAGUCAUUAGCAAAUCACAUAUCAGACAAGCAGUGUGCAGAGCUGGGUUCAGACAUAUAAGAUACUUUCUGUAAAACAGAUAUUUUACUUGUUCACAAAACGGUAGCACUUUACAACCUCAUCUCUCUGCCUUCAUAACCAUUGCAUUCUAAGCUCUGAACGUCAACGUGAUACAGCAGAAAGCCUGAAAAGAACAUGGAAAUCUGCACUGUUACUCUCCUGUGGAUCUGUAAGGCUUACAUACUUGUGUUCGGGGUAGAAUCAGGUCUCAGGUACACCACUGUAAAAUUGAAAUUGUUUCAUAAUUUCAUAGCAGGUAGGGACCUGAGCAAAUCAUCAAGUCUGAUCCCCUGCCAUAGCAGGAAAAAGUACUGGGGUCAAACGACCCCAGCAAGAUGUUCAUCCAGCCUCCUCUUAAAGACCCCCCAGGUAGGAGCCAGCACCACUUCUCUUGGAAGAUGGUUCCAGAUCCUAGCCACCCUGACAGUGAAGUAGCACCUCCUGAUGUCUAGUCUGAAUCUACCCUCUGCCAGCUUGUGGCUGUUAUUUCCAGUCACUCCUGGUAGCACUAGGGGGAACAGGGACUCCCCCAAUGCCUGCUGGUCCCCUUUGACUAGUUUGUAAACGGCCACUAGAUCCCCCCUCAGCCUUCUCUUGUGGAGGCUGAACAGGUUCCCGUCCCGUAGCCUCUCCUCGUAGGGCCUGCCCAUCUGCCCCUGAUCAUGCGGGUGGCCCUCCUCUGGACCCUCUCCAUGCUGUCCACAUCCCUCCUGAAGUGCGGCGCCCAGAACAGGACGCAGUUCUCCAACUGCGGCCUGACCAAUGUUGCAUAGAGGGGGAGGAUCACCUCCUUGGACCUGCUCGAGAUGCAUCUGUGGAUGCAUGACAAGGUGCGGUUGGCCUUCCUGACUGCGUCCCCACGCUGUCGGCCCAUGUUCAUUUUGGCAUCAAUAAUGAGUCCAAGAUCCUUUUCUGUCUCUGCACUGAUGAGAAGGGAGUUCCCCAGCCUGUAGGUAUGCUGCUGGUUCUUCCUCCCCAGGUGCAGCACCUUGCACUUUUGUCAGUGUUGAAACCCAUCCUGUUCUCAUCUUCUUGAGGGCAAUGAAUUUAUUUCUUAUUGUCAUUGGUGUAGCUGGCUUUACAAUCUGGCACUUUUGUUUUUAUCCUGCAAAAUGUAAACUGUAAUAGAUAAAAGGAUCGCUAAGAAGUUCAAACGCAAUAUUUAAGGAUUCUUAUUUAACAAGUUUCAUAGUUAAAAUCAGAUCCAGUGGUGGGAUGUAGAAGUCGGAAAUAAUUAAACUGGAAAUAAAAUGUACAGUUUUAACAAUCGAAUGAACUGAUGGACCAAAAUACAUCAUCUCUCAUAUAUCAGAUCUUUCUAAAAUAUAAACCUUUAUUCAACCACCUUAUUGGCCUUGUUGCAUAUUUUUUUGGGUAGGAUACCGUGGCCUUUGUCAUACGGGAGACAUGGCCCUUUCUAACCAAAUGUCUCUCAGCCUUUCUGAAUCAAUGUACCAAUAAAAAGCUAAGAUCUCCUUGAAUUCCAGGAAUCACUUUUUUGAGCAUGAAGAACAUGAAACAGAGAGAGACAAGGUUCUUUGGGUAAAUCUGGUAUCUUUUAUUAGACCAACUCAGAUCUUUGAAAAAAAUGCUUCUUUGCAAGCUUUUGGGACAAACACCCUCCAUCAGGCUGAGCCCCUGCUGCUCCGGCCGGGCUCAUCGUGUCCCAAGUGGCACAUGGCUCCGCCACCACCUCUGCUGGCCGGUGCAGACCUGGCCGGGCUCCUCCUGUUCCCAGGAGCUUGUGGGAAGCCGGCUUCAGCCGCAUGCUGCUCCAGAUGGGAGCACCGGCCAGAAAGUGGCAUGCAGCUGAAGCUAGCUUCCCACAAGCUGCUGGGGACGGGAGGAGCCCGGCCGGGUCUGCACUGGCCAGCAGAGGCGGUGGCAGAGCCAUGUGCCUCUUGGGAUGAGCCCGGCCAGAGCGGCAGGGGCUCAGCUGCAUUUUCCCCCUGUCUGUGCUGGUCAGUCCUGAGCAGCACACAGCUCUGCCUCUGCUUCUGUUGGCCGAUGCUGACCUGGCCGGCCUCCCCUCCUUCCGUCCCCAGUAGCACGUGGGAAGCAGGCUUUUCCUGGCCGGUGCCAACCUGGCUGGUCCCAUCCCAUCCAGGGCAGCAUGCAGCUGAAGCCGGCUUCCCACGUGCUGCUGGGGACACCCGACUGGGUCGGCCCUGGUCAGCAGAAGUGGCGGUGAAGCCUCCUGCCUUUUGGGGCCAGCUGGCGCAGGUAGGGGGAAAGCCCAGCAGCAUGUGAGGAAGCCACCACUUGAUAGGGGACGGGAUGGGCUGCACCAGGGAGGCAAAGCUGUGGCUGAGCCCCCUGCAGCUGUGCUGUGUGCUCGUUUAAGACUGAACAAUAUGCUCAAGAAGAGAGCAUGAACGAUCUGGGCUCCAAUGUAAAUUUGGAGCGGGUAAAAAUCUUUGUAAAAAUACUGUCCAGUGUUUGGAUUGUGCUUGCUUCUGUUUCUCUUUGUGCGGGAUUGGGGGGUUCGACUUGUUACUACUUGUUAAAGAUGUGUUACUAACAAGUUAUUAAUUCAAUAAAAGUAAGUCGUCUUGAAGAUAA